AGAUUGGUUUGCGUAGAGUGUGAUACGGGAUAAUGUUGUCUAAGAUAACGUCAGCAAUAAUAUUAGUACUGUUUGUUGAUAUGGUACUUACCAAAUGUCCUGUUGGCUGCUUAUCAUGCUUUGGUAAAACUUGCACAAGUUGUGAAUCAUCUUACUUUUUAUCAAAUGGUGGCUGUUUACCAUGUUAUAUGGAUUGUGAAAGCUGCAGCAGCUACAAUUACUGUACUUCAUGUAAACCAAGCAAAUAUGGUGUUCAUGCAAGAUGCCCGUUUAACUGUGAUGGUAAUUGUGUAAAUAUGAAAUGUCACGAUGAUACCGGAUACUGUGCUGAAUGUUUACCUGGUUUCUAUGGUUUACAAUGUCAACAUAACUGUAGUUUAUGUAAAGAUGAACUUUGCGAUUUACGCGUAUGUUCGAAAGGUUGUAGAAAUGGUUAUUAUGAAUACGUCGUUUCAGCUAUUGAAACAAUAUGUCAACGUUGUCCAUCAAAUUGUAAACAAUGCACAGAUAGUAAAACAUGUUAUAUCUGUGAUGAUGGUUUCUAUCUCUAUGCUUUUAAUGAUAAUGUCUACUGUGUGUCCUGCCCUCAUGAAUCUAAAUGUUUAGAUUACUGUGUUAUUCAAGGGUGUGAUGCCUGUCAAAUAAGAAACUAUUCGUUAGUCUGCAUUAAUUGUGCAGAGGGUCAAGUAUUUAAUGGUAACUCAUGUGAAUCAAUCAAAGCACCGUGCUCACAAAAUUGCUCUACCUAUUGUAAUAAUAUAGGAAUAUGUCAAGGGGAAUGCAAAGAUGGCUGGACCGGUGAAAAAUGUUUAAAGGCAUGUGAUGAUAAAUGCUCAAAAUGCUCAAGAGAAAACGAACAUAUUUGUAAGAAGUGUAAGGAUGACUAUUACUCAGUUAACUGCAGUUUAGUUUGUAAUCCUUCGUGUAAAGUAGAAGAAGAUAAAAAACACAUGUGGGUUUGCAGACGGAUACUGUUUGAAUGGGUGUAAAGGAAGCUACUGGGGUGAUAUGUGUGAUAAGUCCUGUCUAGAGGAAUGUCAAAGCCAAGAAUGUGAUAGAAGCAACGGUUCAUGUAUAGGGGAAUGUAAAGGUGGCUAUGCUGGAGAGAAUUGUUUACA